AUGUAUCAAUGCGUGUUGAUGUUUUUGGUGGAUUUGGCAAUCAUCGUCUUGCCGAUGCCCAGUAUCUGGAAGCUUCAAAUGCCUUUGCGGCGUCGCUUGUCUAUUUCAGGCCUCUUUGCUCUUGGAAUUCUGAGUUGUGUUGCAGCGCUGGCUCGCCUACCAACACUAGCCUAUCAGAACAACAGCACUGAUUAUACAUAUUCCAUCGCAAAGUCUCUCAUCUGGAUGGUGGUGGAAUACAAUAUCGGACUUAUUGUAGGAUCCCUCCCAACGCUUCGAAAGCUUGGAGUUUUUCGACGCAUCUUUGGAACAGCCCAGGGAGAAAGCAGCGGUUUCAGAGAGGCAUACCCCGGUGCUGCUAUACGAGGAGGCUCUGAUCAAAGGGGCUAUCAACUGCAAAGCUCGGCUUGGACCUCACGAGGGAACGGGGGCAGUGCGAAGCCUAACACGAUAAGCAAGACAGUUGAGAUCAGUCGGAGUGAGAGCUGCGAGCGGAUUAUUGAGACUCCUGCCACUUAUGGGGGUCGACUCUGA